CAAUAACGCGACGGCGCAGUUUCUGCUAGCAUGCUGUGCUAAUUUUGUGGAAUAUAUUGUGCUCUGACACUGGGUUGGUAUUUUGCGAACAUGUCUCUAUAUGACGAUUUGGGGGUCGCCACCAGCGAUGCAAAAACUGAAGGCUGGUCGAAAAACUUCAAAUUGCUGCAGUCCCAGCUGAAAGUGAAAAAAGCUGCCCUGACACAGGCAAAGACGCAGAGGAUGAGGCAGUCUAAUGUUCUAGCUCCGGUCAUCGAUCUGAAGAGGGGCAGCACUGUAGAUGACAGACAGAUCUCAGACACGCCUCCACACACAGCACCAGGGUUAAAGGACUCUGCACCUGCUGGCUUUUCCUCAGGCGAUGUCCUGAUCCCACUCGCUGACGAAUACGAUCCCAUGUUCCCCAACGACUAUGAGAAGGUGGUGAAAAGGCAGCGAGAGGAGCGCCAGAGACAGAGGGAGCAGGAGCGGCAGAAGGAGAUCGAGGAGAGGGAGAAAAAGCGUAAAGAGCGUCAUGAAGGAAGCGCACCCAGUGGUUUCUCUCGCUUCCCUGCAGAGGCAGACUCUGACGAAGAUGAGGAGUACGAGAAAGAGAAGAGGAAGAGAAAUUUGGGCGGAGCUGCGAUCGCACCUCCAUCAUCUCUAGUGGAGAAAGACUCGUCAUACUCGUAUGAUGAGGAAGGUCGUCAGCGGUCCAAAGCAGCGAUCCCGCCCCCUGUUUACGAGGACUCGGAGAGACCACGCUCACCUCCAGGACCCACCAGCUCCUUCCUGGCCAACAUGGGAGGGACGGUUGCUCACAAGAUUAUGCAGAAGUAUGGCUUUCGGGAAGGCCAGGGCCUGGGCAAGCAUGAACAGGGGCUGAGUACAGCUCUGUCAGUGGAGAAAACAAGCAAACGGGGUGGGAAGAUCAUCGUUGGAGACUUGACAGAAAAGACUGGAGGUUCCGGUCAGAAUGCAGCUGACACGCCUGGCUAUAAUUCAGGAGCAGCAGAUACGAAAAAGAAUGAGGUCAACCCUCUGACUGAGAUCCUCAAGUGCCCUACGAAGGUGGUGUUAUUGCGGAACAUGGUGGGAAGAGGAGAGGUGGAUGAAGACCUAGAGGCUGAAACAAAAGAGGAGUGUGAGAAAUAUGGCAAAGUCAUCAAAUGUGUUAUCUUUGAGAUCUCGGACGUGGCAGAUGAUGAAGCGGUGAGAAUAUUCCUGGAAUUUGAACGGGUUGAGUCGGCCAUUAAAGCCGUGGUGGAUCUCAACGGGCGGUAUUUUGGAGGUCGAGUGGUGAAAGCCUGCUUCUAUAACCUGGACAAAUUCCGUCUGUUAGACCUGGGAGAACCAGUGUGAGUCACGCGAGCAGCAUAUCAUCCCUCACUUUCUCUGUGCGAAUGCCAGGAGAAAAAUAUCUGUGGCCCUUUUUUUGUACAUAGUGUGGAUGGGUUUUUUUUCCCCUUCAUCUUUUCAUUUUUGUUUAUGAUCAAUAUUGGAACGUUUAACCUACAACCUGAAAUAGAUUUUUUAAUUUGUUAACAAGUUCCCUGUGUCCUCAGUUCAGCGUGUAUUACAGUGAACAUCUCAUUCUUGACUCUGGAUAAGAAGCAUACUAUGUUGUAGAAACCAGGAAAUAAAUGGUGCAUUUUGGAACCCUA